GCAACGGCCUGCUCAAGAAGGCCUACGAACUCUCCGUCCUCUGCGAUGCCGAGGUUGCACUCAUCAUCUUCUCCAGCCGCGGCAAGCUCUACGAGUUCGGCAGCGUUGGAGCUGGUACCAGGAGAUGUCAAUGUUGAAGGCAAAAGUAGAGUCUCUGCAGCGCUCCCAGAGGCAUUUGCUGGGAGAAGACCUUGGACCACUGAGUGUGAAAGAACUGCAACAACUCGAACGACAACUUGAAUCUUCUCUGUCACAAGCCAGGCAAAGAAAGACUCAGAUAAUGCUGGACCAGAUGGAAGAACUUCGGAAGAAAGAGCGUCAUCUAGGAGAAAUAAAUAAGCAGCUCAGAAACAAGCUUGAGGCCGAAGGUGCCACAUUCAGAGCCAUUCAAGGAUCAUGGGCUUCUGAUGCAGGAGCAUCCAGCAAUCCAUUCUCCAUGCAGCCAUCUCAAUCCAGCGGCAUGGAUUGUGAACCCACUCUACAAAUAGGGUUUCCUCAGUUUGUUCCUCCAGAAGCAGCCAUACCAAGGAACACAGGUGGAGAGAACAAUUUCAUGCUAGGCUGGGUUCUUUGAACUAUCUGAAUGCAAAAAGACUUUUGGUUUGAAUAAUAAUAUAGAAUAAUAUAUGUAUGCUAACCGUAAUUUGUUCCUAUUUUGGUAAACCGCUGCUGCUGAACCUUAAUUGGCUUUUGUUGGACCUCUCAUAAACUUAUGGUUUGUAUAAUCAUAUAGAUUGGUACAUGUAUGCCAACUGUAAUUCGUUCCUAUUUUAGCAGCUGUCUACUGCUGCUGCUAAAACCUAACUGGCUCUUGCUGGACCACUCAUAAAUAUGUGUGUUUCAUGUGGGCACUAAACUUAAAUGUCAUCAGUUUCUUGUGUAUGUAUAGGUUCUGACAAUUUGACA